AUGCGAUACCACAUAUCCUGUUCAAACCAAGAGUCAUGCUUCAAAAGUUCAGGACUCCAAACAUUUAAAUGUUGGAGAAAUAUCUAUGCUUCUUUGAAAAAACCAAUUAAUGGAGCUUGUCCAUUAAGACUUGCUAACCCUCAAUCAAACUCUGUUGUUAGUGGAAUUUUCAAGUUGAAAUUGGAGGCAAGUGAAUCAAGAUAUGAUUCGUUAGCGAAUUUUCAACGCUUAGUUGAUAUCACAAACCAAGGAAAAUGCUUUAUCAAGCCAGACAAUAAAUUGAAUCAAAUUAGAUUUUAA